UUAGGUUGGGAGGGAAUGCCCACUAGAUGCGGCUGCUGAUAAUAGCGUGUAUCGGCACCAGAGCAGUGAUUGAGAGCGCAGACAGAGAGAGGAGGAGAGGAGCAAGGAACAGCAUGCUCUGCCAGAGAUUGGUUAAAUCACAGCAGCGUGAUUGAUUCAGGCAAAACGGGGAUAAAAAAAAUAAAGAGAGCUCUGGAGAGUCUCACGGAGCAUAAAAUCCUGAGAGGAGAACGGGGGUGGAAGUUAGAACGCUGUGGGAACUCAUCAACUCCUCGUGGAAAGGCAGAGCUGAGGUCAGCAGGCAGGAGUGUGGGAUCGAGCAGCAGCUGAACCAAGUCGGACACUGCUUGGGCUGGGGGUGAACACUCUUAGAGGGGUAACGAGGGUGAAGGAAUACUGCUGAAACUUCAGUUACGCUCAACGUGCACCUGCUUGUGGGAGUAACGCUUCUGGAUAUUACAGCAAGGCUACGGGGCAAGCUGCCACAUCCACUAGAGCGAUUUUGCAAAGCUACUGUCUGAUUGACUUAGAGAGAGACUAGCACUUUUUGGAACACUAGAGCGCAAGUUCAAGGUUCUGCUCAAGGGCUAUUCUAAGAGACAUGAUAGAGAAUGAAAUAAAGAACGCGGCUUCCGUUCCAGAGCAUGGAGAAGUCAAGUAGCGAGGAAUCCGCCAUCCACCGUAGCCCCUCUGUGGACAGCCGCGACUCAGACUUUGCCCAAGCCUCCACCUCCGGACGGCCGUUCGGAGGACGAGGCUUUACCGCCGGCGCCUUUUACGGGUCCACUGGCCCACGUGCGCAAACCGCUGCUCAGAGCACGGCGGCCGGCGACGACAAAGGCAACAAUAAGUACAAGUCUCCCAAAGGCAGCAAAUACGUGGUCUUUUAUCUGGAUCUAUCCUUUGUGUUCCUUCUAGAGUUCAAGAAGUGCAACAUGGCUAGAGGCUGCCUGUGCUGUCUGAAAUACAUGAUGUUCGUCUUCAACCUCAUCUUCUGGUUGUGUGGCUGUGGGCUGCUGGGAGUUGGAAUCUGGCUCUCUGUGUCUCAAGGCAGCUUCGCCACCUUCUCCCCCUCCUUCCCCUCUCUCUCCGCUGCCAACAUGGUCAUCGCCAUAGGCGCCAUCGUCAUGGUGACGGGCUUCCUAGGUUGCCUGGGCGCCAUCAAGGAAAACAAGUGCCUGCUUCUGAGCUUCUUCAUUGUCUUGCUGAUUAUUCUGCUGGCUGAGCUGAUUCUGCUCAUUCUUUUCUUUGUCUACUCUGAUAAGGUCAGUGAGAAUGCAAAACAGGACCUGAAAGAUGGUCUCGCUCUCUACAACACAGACAACAACAUUGGGCUGAGAAAUGCCUGGAAUAUCAUCCAAGCUGAGUGGAAGUGUUGUGGCGUAACUGGCUACACAGAUUGGCACGAGGCUCUGAAAGAAAAGGUUGUGCCUGACCGCUGCUGUCAAGAGCAUUAUCAGGAGUGUGGCCGCAACUCCACCAACAUGUUCUGGACACGGGGCUGCUACGAGAAGGUUGAAGAGUGGCUUGAAGAUAAUAAGCACCUACUCGGAACCAUCGGCAUGUGUAUCUUGGUAGUUCAGCUCCUGGGAAUGGCCUUUUCCAUGACACUGUUCCAUCAGAUCCACAGAAGCGGGAAGAAGUAUGAUGCUUAACGAGGCCGUUUCUCAAGGGAGGAGCCCCGGUGCAUUAUGGGACAGACUUUGGAGGACAGCUCCCCCUCUUGUAUCUAACGUUCACCACUGGCCAACCCCUCUUCCCAUUAAUUCCCCAGCUUAUACCUUACCAUCUUGUAUAGACUCCAGCCAUGGUCUGUCUCUUUUCCACUCUUUUUCUCUCAUCUGUUCAUCUGCCAAAGAGACCCGGGGACAGAGAGGAACGAGAGGACAGACUCUUGGCCAGAAUCCUCCCCAUGAGGCCUCUGACUUUCUUCAUCUCCUCUAGAACCUUUAUUUUACGCUUGAACUAACUAACGUUUGCAGGAAGGAGAGUAAUGACGACAAACUGUGUGGCUUUACUAAUACGUAAAUCCUUCCGCUCAACAUACAGAAUGACAAGAAGACAUCAGACUAGAAACCUUCAGUGUGGAUGAAAUUGAAAAGCAUCGCUUAUCAUCACCUCCAUCUACAGUGUAAAUGACAAACAGCUCCAUUUUAGCAUGAUGCGGUUUUGUACGAGACAGAAAACUUUGUCAUUUCGGCUCAAGACUUUUUUGUUUGCUUGUUUUUAUAAGUGACUUUGCCCCAGCCCCAUAAUUGUCAUUUUGUGCACCUAAGGAUUGGAAGAAGCCGGUACAAAGCGUUUAGUGAGGUAUGACCAGGAAUUUGAGUUUGUCUGUGUGUGUGUGUGUGUGUUGGUAAUCAAGCCUUUUCUUAUGUUUAAAGGUUUGUGAUUUGAGGACGCAUCGAAGCGUGACACAAGUUUCACUGAUGAGAACCAUCACAAUCUAAUGUCAGUAUAAUACAUCAAACAGGGACUGUGUUUCCAUAAUUAGCCAGCGUACAUGCAAUAUUAUCCUCUUUGUAAAGGUCAUUUUAACCAAACUGCUACUGAAACUCGUAGCAUAGACAAUUAAGUGAAGCUUUUAUAGAAGAAAAUGGUGGAAGGUUACAAAAGUAAGUAAACCAGGCAGGUUUUUAAAGUUUGACCAUUUCCCCACAUUUUGCUCAUUAAAUCCAAGUCUGUACUCCAAAGAAUGCUGAGACCGAGCUUAAUGACGCAGAUUCCUCUUAGUUCAUGUUUGCACAUUUUUCUGGAACAGUAAUGUUUAUAUUUUUGCCUGACUUGAAGAGUAAAAUGAAUUUACUCACCUUCAUGUCAAACCUGUAGGACUGACUUUCUUCCAUGGAACACAAAAGGAAACAGUUUGAAGUUGAUGUUUUGUUGCUCUCUUCUGUACAACGAAAGCAGACCUGAUGCUUUCAAAAUCUAAAAAGGAGGGAAUAAAUAAUGCAGCAAUAAGUCAUAUGGCUUGUGCUCUACAGUAUUUUUCAAGUUUUCUGAAUUUGACUUCAUUUCAAAACUUCCCUACUUACUGAGUAACAGACAAAAACCCUCUAGGGGUGUGAAAUAUAUAUCGCCUACGAUAAUAUUGUAAUUGUUGUUUAAACGAUUUGCGAUUUGACAUUAUCGAGUAUAUUGCAAAAACCAAACAAAAACAUCAUCACUUUUGAUCAAUUUAAAGUAUCCUUGCUAAAAAAAAACUUGCGCGAGCACAUUUAGAGUUCAUGCUUUCAUUGUGUUAUUUAGUCUAUUUAAGUACAUUUAAUACUCAAAAUAUCAGCACAAUUGCAAAUGUGAUAUUGAUUUGAUGAACAGGGGAAAUAGUUCGAAACAAAGCCACAGCAGAAUUGUUUUGCGUUUCUGAGCAACACACAACAGUGUUUUGUUACUGAAUCAAUCAGAAGUUUGAACGAAUCUGUUGAAUGAAUGAUUCAGUUGGCUCAUUCCUUUGCGCCACCUACUGGCGAUUCAUAUAUAAAGUAUAUUUCCCUUUUUUUCCCCCCGAAUAAUUUCAAAUUAAAACUAGGGAUGCACGAUCUUGGAUUUUUGCUAAUAUCUGGUAUUUUUCAACUCCUUUUUGGUUGAUACCCAAUGCUGAUAGCAAUAUAUUUAUUUUGUUUGAAAACAAUACCAAGUAUCUCCUGUGUGGAAAUUAUUUUUAAUUUUGGUUAGUUUUUAAAAAGAACGUAUUUGUUAGCAUUAAAUAAGCAAUAAUUAAGUUAUUUUAUAAUGACAGUCCAUUGAGGCUUUGAAAAUAACUAUAAAUAAACUAAAUAUCAAUUGCUGCUUGAAUAUAAAUAAGUAUAUAUAAAAAUGUUUGUUCGAUUUUUUUUUUUUUUUUUUUUUUUUUUUUUUUUUUUUUUCAUUUAAUUCAUGUAAACUAUAGCUUCUGACCUUUAAAUCAAAACAUACUCAUGAUUUUAGUGCUUUAGUUAAUCAGAAACACAGUCUAAAUGUUGUAAAUUUGUGAAUUUUAUUUUAUUUUAUUAGAAAUAUUACAUGUGAGUUAUUUCUCUUAUCGGCAAGACAUAUCGGCAUAAUUUUUCAUACCAGGCCAAGUAAAAUGUACAUUUAUAGCCAUUAUCGGUCCAAUAAUAUUGUGCUUCCCUAAACAAAACAUCAUGCAUUUGUACCUGCAGGUUAAUUGCAUUCAUGUCCUGCAUUAAACAGUCUGUGUGAGAUGUAGAUUCUGUGCCACCUCUGCACUGCAAACACAAAUUUUGUUGAUACUGAUUUCAUUUGAUUGGUAACAGCCCUAUAGUGUCUGACUAUUUAAAUGUACUGAUUAAAUUUGUGAAUGUGACACAAAAGAAAAAUCAAUUUAAACCUAUUGGAAAAGUUAGUUCCUUGGUAAAAUCUUUGGGAUUCAGCUGUCCACGGCAGUCUCAAACCUGUCACAGUACCAGCACAAUACCACACAAAAUAUCAAGAUAUAAUUUUUUGUCAUUAUCGCACACCCCUACCGUUCACCAGCUCUCAUUUUUGCAUAUGCAUAUUCAAAAUUGGUGUAUAAAUAUGUAUAUGUUUGAUGCUACUGAUGCUUCUUGAGGCGCUUCUUCUUUUAAUAUGUAAAUGUGCUAAGCUGCAAGAUGGUUUAAAGGUGGUAAUUUCUAGAACUUUGUGAUUGAUGGGCGUUGUAAUUCUUCAGAAAUGUUCUGACCUUUCUGUAGGCAAGUUUUACAUGUGGGCCAAAUAAUGACUUAAAUUAGUGGUCUGUUGUCCUUUUGUGUCCUACGGAAGAAAACCACAGGGUACGAGUGACAUGAGGUGACAGAAAUGUCCUUUUCAAUGAAUUUCUUUAAAGUAGGAAGUCUAGCACUAAUGCCAACGAAACAGAACUGUGAACAUUGUCAGUACCGCUCAGAAGUAUUCAAAUGAAACCGCAUAUAGUACAGCAGAGCAGAACCAAAUGCGAGCACAGUCGCAGUGUUAGUUAGAGUGGUAGACUGUAAUCCACCAGCCAUAAUUCAUCUUAGGAAAGAGCGUCUGUGGUGUUUCUAUUUCCGCACACCUCAGCUUUAUAGCCUGUGCUGUUUUUCUGUCUCUCUCGGCUCUUUUCUAUCUCCAUCUGUCUUUUAGUUUCAAGCAUCAGGCUGGAACGGUUACAUUCCUGCUGAACGAGGUGAUAAUGCUUCAGCCUAAAGGGACUCGCUUCAAAGGAAAUGCAUCUUGACGAGGAAGUUUUGAAGUGAAAGUGUGUUUACCAGUAGACACUUUUAGGGGUUUAAAAUCACUGAGCAAUAGAUGGGGCGUGAUGAUGGCUGAGAGACAACCAGAGUGGGGUCACCCAGUGGUCUGCAAUCCAGACUGUCACAGAGACUACGUGUCGUCCCUUAAGAGCUCGCCGUGCACGCGUCGUUUUUGUGUGACCGAGAGGGACGUAAUAGAGCACUCGAGAUAGAGAGAAAAAUAAUAACAUCUCUCAUCCCAUCAAACACUCACUGACACACAAUCUUUGUUUACUGUAUUUUUGAAAAAUUGCUUCAUAUUAAGAAACAGUUGGGACCAGAAGCGACAGCUACUUCUGAUGUUCAUCCUGUGUUGAAGUGGAGGGGAAAGAGUGCUUCUGCUCCGGAUGAGUGUAGGAACUCUGUCACUGAAUACUGCUGCUAUAAGAGCCACCUGUGGUUAUUACAAUAGUGGAAAAAGCAAAAGACUGAGAAACUGCAGUCGCAAUUCACUCACACUCUGCCUGCAAGCAUUUAAAGUCAACAUGAAGCCAAAAUUGAGCCCAUUUACUUUUUCAGGUCUUACCUAGUCAUUUAAGGGGUUAUAUAUAUAUAUAUAUAUAUAUAUAUACGUCAUCAAACAUUCAGAAAAAAAGCUGUAAUAUUGUGAGAUAUUAUUAGUUUAAAACAAUGGGUUUCUAUUUCAAUACAUUUUUAAAUAAAAUGUAUUCAUGUGAUUCAAAGCUGAAUUUUCAUCAGCUGUUACUCCAGUCUUCCAAUGUCACAUGAUCCUUCAGAAAUCAUUCUAAUAUGCUGAUUAUUGCUUGUAUUAUCAAUGUUGGAAACGGUUGUGCUGCUUAAUUUUUCAUUUUUUUUAAACCUUUUUUUUUUAGGAUUCUUUGAUUAAUAAAACGUUAAAAAGAACAGCAUUUAUUCAAAAUAGAAAUCUUUUCUAACAAUGCAAGUCUUUGCUAUCAUUUUUUAUCUUAAAAGUGUUAAUUACUUUCAAAAAAAAAGAAAGAAGAAAAAUGCACAGACACAAACUUUUAAAUGGUAGUUUAUAUUGUUACAAAAUAUUUCUAUUUUAGGGAAAUGCUGUCCUUUUUUAACUUUUAUUUAUUAUAUAAAGAAUCCUGAAAAAAGUAUCACAGGUUCCAACAAAAUAUUAAGCAGUGAAACUGUUUUCAACAAUAAUAAAUCAGCAUAUUAAAAUGAUUUCUGAAAGAUCAGAAGACUAGAGUAAUGUUGCUGAAAAUUCAGCUUUGCAUCAAAGCAAUAAAUUCUAUUUUAAACUAUAUUAAAAUAGAAAACCACUAUUUUAAAUUACAAUAAUAUUUCAAAAUAUUUUUUUUUCUGUAUUUUUAAUCAAAUAAAUGUACCUUGAUGAGCAGUAGAGACUUUAAAAUGCAUUAAAAAUUACCAACAGUAAAAGCAUUCAUGUAAUGUUGGUUAACUACUAAAUGUUACAAAUAAUUAUAAAUUUGAAUAGGGAGCAUUACCUUUGGAAUAUGUUCAGAGAGGACGAAUUUAGCUCCAUCCUGUCCCAACCUCCAUUUGUUUUAAUCGAUAAACGUUUCACUCAUAAAUGUCACAGUACAGAUGUAAAAUGGGUUGUCGAGGGUGUUUCACGUUGGCUUUAAGGCAUUUGUAUCAGGAGGACUGAAAUCUACAGCAUCUUUUAAUCAAUUCCGCACGUUCGCCAUCGCUAGCAAACGGAAACAAUGCAAGAAAAUGUUCUAAUAUGCAAGCCUGUCUCCAGUAGGCCGCAGUCAACAUUAUUACCAUCAUAAAUGAAAAUGUUUUUUGUGUGUUAGGCGUGGUGGUCUGGCUUCAAACCCAUUUUUGCUUGGAGAGCACCGUGGAGUUAGUCAAUACCAGCUCUGAUUAAGUUUGCACUGAUGCGCUCCAUCUGCUCAGUGUACUGUCUCUAACCCCACCGCGCUGAACUUCAAUGACGUGUCCCAACCCUCUUAUCUGACUGAUUUACAAACUUUGGCCGCAAUAUAGCAUCCUGUGAACUAAUCCCGUGUGUAAGCGUUCCAAGGUUAGAAACUAUUAAGAGUUUGGAAAUAUUUUUUGGUUCUUGUUUUUAAUUUUUGAAAGAUGUCCUUAAACCCAUCUCUCACUGUUAUUCUUCUUUUUCAAAAAGUAUAAAGUAAUACACUUUUUUCUUUAUAUUCUUCCACUGAUAUAGGCUACGUUGUGUAUUUAAAUCUGAAAUAGUCAGAUGUUGAGUUGGUAGUGUUAAAUGACGGUAUCAAGCUGAACAACCAACAACAGUUUGGCAUUAGCAGUUUUCUUUUUUUUUUU